AACACUCCGAGCACUUUCCCUUUCUCAAUUAUGGCAGGCGCAGCGCAUCGUAAUACCGAGAAUGACGAUCAAGAGAUUUCUGAAGAGUAUUUGAACGAAAAUGACGUGCUCGUCGAAGUUGGCGAUGAUGGCGAUCUACCCAUGGACGAGGACGAUAGUGAAGACAUGGAGCACACAGGACAAGAGGGUGAGGAUGUUGAACCAAUGGGUGACGUUGUACACGAAGACAACUCCGUUCAGCACUUCCCGGAGCAUGGGAAAUCAGUGUUCGCGAUCUCUAUGCAUCCAACUCAGCCUAUAGCAGUGUCCGGCGGUGAAGAUGACUUCGGCUAUCUGUGGAACGUGCAGACCGGCGAAACUAUUGUAAAACUUACUGGACAUACCGAUAGUGUGACAAGCACUGGAUUUAGCGCGGAUGGCGAACUUGUUUCGACGGGUGGAAUGGACGGACACGUUAGGAUUUGGCGACGCGUUGGGAAAGAAAACUGGACGGUUUGGGAGUUCUUAACCGACUUACAGGGACCGGACGAGGUCAUGUGGUUAAGGUGGCAUCCAAGAGGUGCUGUCCUGCUUGCCGGGUCAAAUGAUGGUACCGUUUGGUUAUGGCAAUUACCCUCUGGCAACACGAUGCAAGUAUUCGCAGGCCACACCGGUCCCGUGCAAUGCGGAGAGUUCACUCCUGACGGUAAACGAAUAAUAACUGCCGACGGCGAAGGCACGCUCAUCUUCUGGGACCCUCGUUCCCCUGCACCCGUGUUCAAGCUCUCCUCAUCCGACGCGCGCUUCAACCUUGACGGCAUCACCUCUCUCUCAGUCAACUCCGCAUCUACUCUUGCUGUCGUUGGUGGUGUUUCCGGAGGCGUGCGCGUUGUAAGCUUAAGCAAGGGAGACGUCGUUGGAGGACUGGAAGGUCACAAGGAAGGAGAAAGUGUCGAAGCAGUUCAAUUUCUUGACCUAGCAGGUGCUGGAGCGGGAAGCGGUGUUGUCGUCACGGGUGGUACAGACGGUAAAGCGUGCAUCUGGGACUUAUCUACUAUGCGACUACGGACAACGUUAGAACAUGAGGACGCAAUCACUUCACUUCUCGCACAUCCAUCACCCAAAAACCACCUCAUCACAUCCAGUUCAGCUGACAAGACUCUCCGAACAUGGGAUGCCCGAACGGGCAAACUAUUGAAAGAACAUAAAGGUCACUCUGGUCCGGUUCUUGGUGCUGCACUCGGCUUGGCUGGCUCGGUAGUUGUUAGUGCUGGUGAUGAUGGCGUUUGUCUUGUAUUCGAAACGGAAUAGAUUUAUCUUUCCUUAGGAGUAUUGUAUAUCCCUAGCUCUGCUCACUUUUCGUAUUUCUGUCAGAUAUUGCUUCAGUGUAUCUCCUGAGGACAAUGAUUGUAUGAAUGAC